AUGAUAUGGAAUCCAUCUACCGGAGAGUAUAGGAAAUUGCCACCUGCUCGGAUUGUUGGUAAACCAGAUUAUAUAGAAGAUGGGUUUGGUUAUGACCAAAGGAUUGAUGACUUUAAAGGAGGGUCUAAUUCAUGGGGACCAACGAAGAAGAUACCUUAUAAUCUGGCGUGCCAAGAACUCGCAGGGCGGCUUCAAGAAGUACCCGAUAUGGGGCGGCUUCCGGUUAAUGGAGCUAUUCAUUGGAUUGCAUUUCGUAAGUCAGGGCAAGUGGUCUCUAAAGUCAUUUUGUCUUUUAAUUUUGAGAAACAAGAAUUCGCAGAGAUUCAACUUCCCAACCCUUUGGAUGAAAGAUUUCAUACGAAUUUGUGCGUCUUGGAAGGGUCUCUCUGCUUACUUCAUAUGUCUAAGCUCAGAGUCGAUUUAAGGGAGUUGUCGAACUAUGGAGAGGAAAAUUCUUGGACUAUGCUUUUUACCAUUGAUGUCGAGAAGGUUUUUGGGUACGUUGGAUAUCUGAUACCCUUGCGGUGUUUUGAGAACGGCAAGUCUCUUUUAGCAUUUGAUAGAGACGGUGCCUUUAAUAUGGGUUUGUAUGAUUCAGAGCGUCAAACAUUUAAGGCACUCAUGGUCUUUGGUGGUAUGAUCUCAUACUCAGUUUGCACUACUAUCUAUGUUGAAAGCUUACAUUCGCCUCGCAAAGAUACUACUAACCGAUUGAGGUCAGCAGAAGCAAAAGAAGCAGAUUAUGAUCACAAGUACUCUGAGAAGAAUGCGACGAUCCUGCAGCAUUUUUCUUUUGUGAAGCUAGCCAAAAUGGCAAUUUGGCCUGAAUUAUGA